AAAGAAGAAGAAGAAGAAAGAUAUUGUGAAGAACUCUAAGUUACAAGCUCAAACAAUGGAAGGAGAAGCUGUCGCCGCAGUCAUUCAAGUUUUAGUUCAAAACCUCAUCGACCAUUCAAAGAAAGAGAUCUCACUAAUCCGAGGACUCGACAAAGAAGCAGAAAAGCUAGCUGGGAGUUUAGAAACGAUCCAGCAAUUGUUGAACGAUGCUGAGAGCCGUACCAUUCCCAGUGGGGCUGUCAAAAGCUGGCUGAGAAGGCUCGAAGAUGUGGCGUUGGAUGCUGACAACGUUUUGGAUGAGCUCAACUAUCAUCACCUCUCCAAACAAAUCAAGUCCAUCAAGCCCAUGAAUGAAAAGGUACUCUCAUGCUUCUCAUCCUUGAGUCAUAUUGCGCAUCCAAGAAAUAUAGCUCUUAAAAUCCAAGAAAUCAAUGAGAAUUUGGAGUAUGUUAAAAAAGAGGGAGCCGAGCUUGGCCUUAAAGAGAGGCUUGCCGACGAUGUGCCAAAAUUGCCUCAUGCUGCUUUUGAAACUGAUUCCUUCUCAAAUGAUCAAAUUUUCGUUGGAAGAGAUGAGUUGGUGUCGGAAAUAGUUGACAAUAUUAACACUAUUACCGCAACUAAUGAAGGUGUAAUUUCUUUCUUUGCCAUUGUUGGAAUGGGAGGAUUGGGGAAGACAACUUUGACUAGGAAAGUCUUUCAUAUUCUAAAGGAAAAGAGUCAGUUUGGAUCACAUAUUUGGGUGCAUGUUUCUCAAAUUUUUGAUCCAAUCAUUCUUUUCAAGAAAAUUCUCAACGAGUUGACUUCUUCUGAUCAAGUUGAAUCUGAGAGUAGCCAAGAUAUUCCCAAAACCAAUUCUUCUGAUCAAGUUGAAGAUCAGAGUAGGCAAGAGUUUCUGAGAAAGACUUCUUUUGGUCAAGUUAAAGUUCAGAGUAGGCUGGAUUUUUUGAAAAAGGCUUCGUUUGGUCAAGUUGAUGAGAGUAGGCAAGAUUUUGUAAAAAAGAAUUCUCAUGAUCAAGUUGAGGUCGAGAGUAGGCAAGCUAUUCUGAAAAGGCUGAAAAAGGCUUUAAAAGAUCAAAAAUACCUUCUUAUUCUCGAUGAUGUUUGGAAUCAAGAUCAUCCCAAAUGGGAUGAUUUUAUCAAUUCGUUGGUUGGCGUCACUUCUACCAAGAGGAAUGCAAUUGUCAUUACCACUAGAAAUAUGGAAGUCGCUUCAACUAUGCAAUCAUUUCAUAAACAUGACCUCAAAGGAUUAUCACAUGAAGAUUGUUGGUCAAUAAUCCAAGCAAAAACUUUUGGAAAAAAGGAUAUUCCAUUAGAGUUUGAGGAAAUAGGAAGAAAGAUUGCAACAAGAUGUCAAGGUUUGCCAUUAGCUACUAAUGUGGUUGGUGGAGCACUAUGCAAUAAAUUGGAAGAUGAAUGGCUCUCGAUCGAAGAGAAAUGGCUUUCACAUGAUAAUGGGGAUCGUAUCACAAAGAUACUGAAGUUGAGCUUUGAUAAUUUGUCUCUGCCGUCACUCAAGAAGUGUUUUGCAUGUUGUUCGGUCUUUCCUAAAGGUCGCAAAAUCAAAAGUCGGGAACUGAUUGAGUAUUGGAUGGCGGAAGGAUUUCUUGAAGCUAAUAGAAGUAGUGAAAUGGAGUGCUUAGGAGACAAAUUUGUGAAAGUUCUUCUGCACAACUCUCUACUGCAAGUUGCAGAAAUAGAUGAUUAUGGAAAUGUAGAGAGUUUUGUGAUGCACGAUCUUGUGCAUGAUCUCACAUGUUUUCAAUUUCAGGUUCCUCUAAUAAUGCAGAAGUUGGGAGCCUUGUGAGAUACAUGAUUCAUGAUGGAAAAUGUCGUAUUCCAAAAGAAGUGGCAAAAUAUUUGCGUACAUUACUGUUUGAGGGAAGAAUUUAUGGUAACAUGUUUGCUGAUUUCAAUCAUCUACAUGUUUUAAUUCUUGCUGACGAUAAAUGUAGAAAGUUGCCAAGUUUGAUACGGAAGUUGAUACAUUUAAGAAAACUUGAUAUUUCAUCGACGCGUAUCAAAUAUUUGCCGGUCUGGAUUGGUGAACUCCAUCAGUUGCAAACAUUAAACGCAGGUACAAGAAGAUUGAGGAAACUGCCUAGUACUAUGAAGUACUUGAUUAAUUUAAGGCAUCUUUAUAUUGAUGAUGGUGUAAAGUUGUCCGCCGAGAUUGGGAGUUUAAAUUCUCUCCAGACGCUAGAGUAUUUUUUAGUUGGCAUCAAGAAUGGAUGCAAAAUAGAAGAGCUCGGGAGUUUGAAUGGUCUCAAAGGAAAAUUGGAAAUUUCUAAGCUUGAAAGGGUUGAAAACAAGGAAGAGGCUGAGAAAGCAAGUCUAUCUAACAAGUCAAAAAUAUUGGAGUUGCGUUUGACAUGGAAUGAGGAUAGAGAAGGUGAAACUCCAAAUGAUGUGAAUGUGUUGGAAGGUCUUCAACCACACUCAAAUCUUAGAAAGUUAGUGAUUGAAAGGAUUCAAAGGCAAAAAAUUUCCAUCAUGGAUUCAGAAGAUGGCAGUUGAAAAUGUACCUCAAGGCUGUUGGGUACCACUUAACAAGUUGGUUGAGAUAAAACUCUUCAAGUGCUCAGAAUGUGAAGAAAUCCCAAUGUUUGGGCAGUUGCCAAAUCUCAAGUCUCUCUGGUUAGAAGGAUUGAGAAAUUUGAAGGCAAUAAAUUCUUCUUUCUAUGGAUUAGUGAAUGAAGGGACCGGUAUUAUUUUUCAAGCUCUAGAAAGGCUCGUGUUGGUCGAAAUGCCUAAGCUUACAAAGUGGGCAGAAGUUGAUUCUGAAGGUGCAAGUGAUGUGCAGGUAUUUCCUAACCUCCAGCACUUGGAGAUCUCUCAGUGCAAGCAAUUGAUGAGUUUUCCUAAUCAUACGGGGUCAAGCAUCAAAAGUUUGAUAAUCAUGGAGACUGGGAGCAUGCCUUUAACAUGCAUAUUGAAGACGAAAUUAAAGUUGCUAACAGAGCUUUGCUUAGAAGGAAUAGAUGAUCUGGAAUAUCUCCCAGAUUGGCUAUUACGUAACAAUCCCAAUCUCUUGGAGUUACGUAUAAGAAUGUGUUCCAAUUUGAGAGAAUUACCAGAUGGUCUAGGCACCCUCAAUUCUUUGGAGAAGUUGAUUAUAAGGGACUGUCCAAAUUUGGAACGAGUAGCAGAUAUUGGUGCACAACAAUCACAAGGAAGCCUUGCAUGUCUUAAAAUAUUGGAGAUUUGUGAAUGCAAAGCUUUGAUGUAUUUACCAUGUGAAAUGGUAGGAUCCUUGCUUGAGAAACUGGAGUUGAAGAAUUUAAGUAGCCUAAAGAAUCUACCCGGGAUAAUUGAUUGUCUGCCAAAAUUGCCUCGUCUAACAUGUUUAGAAAUUAUUGGUUUUUCUCAAUUUAUGGCCAUAUUUUCUAGUUAUAGAUUUAAAAAUAGAUGUUAGUAUGGAGGGAUCUAUGGAGACUGUUGAUAGCUUAUUGCAAAGAUGCAACUCCCACUCACUUUGGUAUUUAGAAUUGAAAGGGAGGGAAGCUUGGGGAAAUUUGCCAGAAUCAAUUCAACAUUUCACCUCUAUUAGAAGGUUAGAGAUAGAGAAUUAUGGAAUGGAAGAGUUGCCUGAAUGGUUGGGGAACCUCUCAUCUCUAAGAUGGUUGGUUAUAUAUAAUUGCAAGAAGUUAAGGAGUCUACAUGCACUGCGGGGCCUCACAUCACUUCAAUACUUAAUUAUUAGAGGCUGCCCAGAAAUAAGUAUUGAACAACAAAGUGAUGCAGCUGAUUCCCAAUGGCCCAACAUUUCCCAUAUCAACUACAUUAAGAUUGAUGGACGCAUAAUAAGAGGAUGCCUGAGUCAAUAUUGUGAUUGUUUGAUGCUUUUAAUCCUUGUCGGCUCUUGUGUAUCUCGUCAUUGUUGAGAAUGAGCGAAGGCAGAGGUUCAAAUGGAGGCAAGGCAGUUUAAGAGGUUCGCAGAGGAGAAAAUGGCACAUGAUCAGGAGAAGGUGUUGGCAUUGGAGGAUUUGUUGUAUAAGAGGGAAGAGAUCAUUCCGUCACUUACCUGUGAGAUUCAGGCCUCGCAAUUGAGGUGUAUUCUUUUAAAUGGUGAGCUCCCAUUCUCCUCUGCAACUUGACUUUCAUUAAAUAAUCUUGUUGGGCAUUUUUAUAACUCUCAGAAUGCAUAACAUAAUAUGUCAUUUUUAUAAUAAUAGUUUUUUUUAUGAUGAUUUCCUAUAUGCAAGCUAGGCAGAUUGGACCUGAAUUUCAUUACCCAGAUAUUAACAUGAAUAAUCUAGAUAUGUUAGAACACGGACAUCGAAUUUCACUAUAUAUCCACUGCACACACUACACACUUCACACAUUUCACACUCUACAUAAAUUUCACACACACUACACAUUUCACACACUACAAACACUACUUACAUUUCACACAUUUCAAGCAUCCUAUUUUUGAGGAUGUGAAUUCCAAUUUCUUUCAGACAUUUCUGCUCAUUUUCAGUUGUGGGAAUAGCAAGACUUAUCCACUGCUGCUGCAUGCUCCGCUCCUAAAAUGCAGUGUUUUUCAUUAAUACUGAGCCUCUUUGAUUCCCCUCGACCAACGAAGUGAUAGGUUUCGAGGUAUGGAGCAGAACACAAAAGGCAUCAAAACAACAUGAGGAAACUGUGGUGAAAUACCAAAAGCAGUCAUAUAUCAGAAUAAAAUCAUACCAGUCGUUGAGUAAGUCACAGUUCCAAAGAUCCCACCAACCAGUCGUGUUGACGUUGCCAUGCUCGCCAUACACGCACCAACCAAACCUUGGAAGCAAUUUUUCGUUCGCCGUUGCCCCUCUUUAUUUGUGGAACUGGUUUGUUCACGAGCUCUUGAAACGUCUUGGUGAUUCAGACGCAUGGGAACCCAAGUUUGUUGUUAUGUGCCA